CCCGCCCAGGCACUGCCCGCGGGAGCCGCCGCCGCCGCCGCCGCGCCCGCCAUGGACGUCCGCCUGUAUCCCUCGGCGCCCGCGGUCGGUGCGCGGCCCGGGGCCGAGACGGCCGGCCUGGCGCACCUGGACUACUACCACUGCGGCAAGGUAGGCGGCAAGUUUGAUGGUGACAGUGCCUACGUGGGGAUGAGUGACGGAAAUCCAGAGCUCCUGCCAACCAGCCAGACCUACAGCAGCCAGAGUGAGAGCAAUGAAGACUAUGAGAUUCCUCCUAUAACGCCUCCCAACCUCCCUGAGCCAUCCCUCCUGCACCUGGGGGACCACGAAGCCGGCUACCACUCGCUGUGCCACGGCCUUGCGCCCAACGGGCUGCUCCCUGCCUACUCGUACCAAGCUAUGGACCUCCCAGCCAUCAUGGUGUCCAACAUGCUGGCCCAGGAUAGCCACCUGCUGUCUGGACAGCUGCCCACGAUCCAGGAGAUGGUCCACUCGGAGGUAGCUGCCUAUGACUCCGGCCGGCCAGGGCCUCUUCUGGGUCGCCCAGCAAUGCUGGCCAGCCACAUGAGUGCCCUGAGCCAGUCCCAGCUCAUCUCCCAGAUGGGCAUCCGGAGUGGCAUUGCCCACAGCUCCCCAUCACCCCCAGGGAGCAAGUCAGCGACCCCCUCUCCAUCCAGUUCCACACAGGAGGAGGAGUCAGAUGCCCAUUUCAAGAUCUCGGGAGAGAAGAGACCCUCAGCAGACCCAGGCAAAAAGGCCAAGAACCCAAAGAAGAAGAAGAAGAAGGACCCCAACGAGCCACAGAAGCCAGUGUCAGCCUAUGCUCUCUUCUUCAGAGACACUCAGGCCGCCAUCAAGGGGCAGAAUCCCAGUGCCACCUUUGGGGAUGUGUCCAAAAUAGUGGCCUCCAUGUGGGACAGCCUGGGAGAAGAGCAGAAACAGGCGUAUAAGAGGAAGACCGAAGCUGCCAAGAAGGAGUACCUGAAAGCCUUAGCGGCCUACCGAGCUAGCCUCGUCUCCAAGAGCCCUCCGGACCAAGGCGAGGCCAAGACUGCUCAGGCAAAUCCACCAGCCAAAAUGCUCCCACCCAAGCAGCCCAUGUACGCCAUGCCCAGCCUGGCUUCCUUCCUGACGCCCUCGGACCUGCAGGCCUUCCGCACCGGAGCCACUUCCGCUAGCCUGGCCAGGACGCUGGGCUCCAAGGCCCUGCUGCCAGGCCUCAGCACAUCCCCACCACCACCCUCCUUUCCUCUCAGCCCCUCAUUGCACCAGCAGCUGCCACUGCCCCCUCACGCGCAGGGCGCCCUCCUCAGCCCACCUCUCAGCAUGUCCCCUGCCCCUCAGCCUCCUGUCCUGCCUGCCUCCAUGGCACUCCAGGUGCAGCUGGCAAUGAGCCCCUCGCCUCCAGGGCCACAGGACUUCCCACACAUCUCUGAGUUCCCCAGUGGCUCUGGCUCCCGCUCACCUGGCCCAUCCAACCCUUCCAGCAGUGCGGACUGGGAUGGGAGUUACCCCAGCGGGGAGCGCGGCCUCAGCACCUGCAGCCUGCUCCCCAGAGAUAAAUCGCUCUACCUCACCUAAUCCCGCCUCCCCUCCCUCCCUGAGGCUCUCCGGAGGGCACUGCUCCGAGCCGGAAGGGCUGACCGCAGGAGAGAGGCCAUGGCAGCAGGCAGGGUGACCGGCCAGCAGUGAUACACCUAUGCCCCAGGGCUGAGUCUCUCCCUCGACCUCCCACCAGACUCUGCAGAGGCAGCCCACCGCCCACCACCAGCCCAAAGAACCUGCAGGAACCUUCCGCCCGCUGACCUGCUUGCUCCAGGGUAGCUGUGGACCCCACUCCUUGGCCUGCACACAGUCCCCUGCGUCUGGACUUCUGGCCCCAGCCCAAGCUCACCGGGCUGCCCCCCCUCGAGGUUGCUUAGCAACAGACACCCACCCCAGAUGCUGGGCCAGCUACAGGUGUGCUCUCGGUGUACACAAAAGAUGCUGAAACCCACGUGCUGUGGGUUCCGUGUAAGUAGUUCACUGUUUUAGAACCGUGCUGAAGACAUCUGCAAGAUUAUUUUGUGGGGAGAAAGAAAGUUUCCUUUAAAGUAAAAAAAAUUUUAUAAGACCUUUAGCACAGUUUUUUUUUUUUUGAAGUUUUAUCUUAAGAGAGACAUGUGCACAAACAGCUGUCAAACUGAUUCUUAUCUGCACACAGAGGGAAUGGGCAGGGCCUCCACCUUCUUCUUCUUCUUCUUCUUCUUCUUCUUCUUCUUCUUCUUCUUCUUCUUCUUCUUCUUCUUCUUCUUCUUCUUCUUCUUCUUCUUCUUCUUCUUUUCCUCCUCCUCCUCCUCUUCCUCCUCCUCCUCCUCUUUCUCUUCUUCUUCAUUCUUUUCCUCUUCUUCCUCCUUUUCAUGUUCUUUUUCCUCCUCUUCCUCUUCUUUUUCUUUUUUGAUCAUAUACCCACCUAUUUAAAAUUGCCAGCAACAAUUUUGGCCAUCUAUUUAUGAAGAAAAGUUGAGAACAAUGUUGUGGUUUCUCCCAAGUGUGUGUGGUUUGGGGUUUGGGUUUGGUUUAGGCUUUGGUUUGUGUUGUUCGCAGCUGUCUCCCGGCCCUUGCAAUGUCCGUCCUGGUGCCCCCCGUGCUUUGCUCAGACCUCUUUGUAAUAAAACUUCUGAAAAGUG